CAGACACAAGACAGACUGAGCGGAGGAGACUGAUCACUGCAGACCCCUCCUGGAGCUUGGGUGGAAGUAACCUCAGCAGGUUAGUGUUCCAAGUUGGAUGUUUGCUUGCAUGGUUUGCUGCAGUCCUAUUCGUGCUGAGGAUCUUUCUGUCCUAUGAUACUUAAGCCACUGGUGCCAGAAAAAGGUUUCUGCGUUGGAACGGAGCUUUCUCUGUUGGAGUCUGGACAUUGCAGGAGUUUCUAAUCAAGGAAGACACAAGGAAAGUUAUCUUUGGAAUUAUAUUGUACAUUUUUGCAUCAAAGAUGGUCACAACAUAUCACAGGCAAGAGUAACUGCCGAAACGCUUAUCGACACGGAAAGGAGGCGCUGCUGCCACUAUGACCAGUGAAGCGCCCCCAAUCUUCUGCCCAAUGUCAACUACACCAUGUUAACACAGUGGGAUCAGGUUUAUAUAGUGCUAGAGGUAGUCACCGCGGUGCUGGCCAUACUUGGCAACGUGCUUGUGUGCUGGGCGGUGCGCAUUAAUAGUAACCUGCAGAAUGCCACCAAUUAUUUUGUGGUGUCACUGGCUGCUGCAGACAUUGCUGUGGGACUGCUGGCCAUUCCAUUUGCUAUAUCAAUCAGCACUGGAUUCUGUGCCACCUUCUAUUCCUGCCUCUUUAUCGCCUGCUUUGUUUUGGUGCUGACCCAAAGUUCCAUCUUUAGCCUUCUUGCCAUUGCUGCAGAUCGUUACAUUGCCAUCCGCAUCCCACUAAGGUAUAACAGCCUGGUGACCAGCCAAAGAGCUAACAUUAUCAUUGCUGUCUGCUGGCUGCUUUCUUUUAUCAUUGGAUUAACCCCUAUGUUGGGCUGGCACAAGAACUUUGACAAUUCUAAUGACAAAAAUGAAACCAAUAAAACCAACACCUCUACGAUGUCACCUACAUGCAGCCCUCCCAUGCUAGAGUGCUUGUUUGAAAGUGUGGUAACCAUGGAUUAUAUGGUAUAUUAUAAUUUUUUUGCCUGCGUUCUAGUACCCUUGCUCCUAAUGUUGGGCAUAUACUUGCGCAUUUUCAUGGCAGCACGGCGACAACUAAAGCAAAUGGAGCUUAAAGUGGUAUGUGGAGAACGCUCACGUUCCACGCUACAGAGGGAGGUUCACGCAGCCAAGUCUUUGGCCAUCAUUGUUGGGCUAUUUGCUUUGUGCUGGCUACCUUUACACAUUAUCAACUGUUUUAACCUGUUCUGCGAGGGGUGUGAUCGUCCCCCUACAUGGCUCAUGUACUUUGCCAUUCUCCUUUCCCAUGUUAACUCAGUGGUGAACCCUUUGAUUUAUGCCUACCGAAUCCGUGAAUUUCGACAUACAUUCCGUAAGAUAUUACACCAAAACCUACUGGGCAGGGCUGAGCCAUUCCAAUCAAGGACCGUCAGUUCCAAGUCACUGUCUUAUGGAGCAGACGAAGAGGCAGGACACAUCCAUAUUCGUCACAGUAGCUCCAUUCAUAGUACUCACUCCAACGGGAGUUGCAAGUUGAAGGAUGUAUGGCAUCAAAAUGGGUGUCAGAUAGGACAUAAGGUGGAGAGGACAGGAUGGCACAAGUGUGAAAAACAAAAAAAGGAGACACUGGAGAUAUCCCAAAUUAAGUCACUCAUGGGAACCUGAAAAAACUAUUUUGGAUUUGGUAUUCAUACUGGACAUGUGAGCAGCGUGGCUCAACAGGUGGACUUUUGCUUGAAAACAAUGACCUUUUUGACUUGUUUUAUUUAUGAAACUGUUUUGCAGUGUUAGCUAGGUCACUUGUUACUGUGUCCCACUUUGCAGUGAUCUGCAGGGGCCAAAAUACAAAAACUCACUUCGGCCUAGGGGUAUUUAAUGAAUGCUGGACUCAGUGCUGUGCACUUUAAUUUGUGCUGUGAGACAACCACCCAAAAUGUUUGAUGUUUUUAUAUCGAACAUUAAAUAUACUUUCUGGUUAGUCACCUAAUCAAGAGUGCUGGAUAACCUCAGAAUUCUGAAAAGCUGGUGUCUUUAUUCUAUCACAGUCAAUGUCACUUGACCUAGGGUCUUUCACAUUUUUACCCCUCCCACCCAUUAAGGAAACACAUGUGUUCCAGUUGAACAGCAAAAGAAUCAGAUUUCCCAAAAUAGACUUUUUCCCAUAGACCUCUCAGGAGACCCCCAGUCUAAGUAGGAAGGUUGUGUUCCUAUCCAGCUGUCACUGCAGCAUACUACAUGCAAUAUCAUAAACCAACAUGCUGUUCUGUAGCCUCACUCUCCAAACUCAACUGAAUGAGGCUGUUGGUCUACUUGUUGAGAAUUCCUACUCUCUACAUAGCACAGUGUCACCCUGGGCAAUUCGAUAAUCAAAUCAUAAUAGUAAUACAGAACAGGCUUUCCUAAAAGCAUUACCCCAUCUUUAUUGUUGCACAAGUAGGCAACUUAAAACACAUAAAAAUAGCCUCACUAUUUACAUUGGCCACCCACUUGUAUGUUUGAAAAUGUUCCUGGCUAUGUGUUGCAAAAAUUAAAUGUUUUAGCACAACCUCGUUGAGAUGGUAGUUGGGUUCCAAGAAUCGGGCAAAACACAGAGUUUGUCCCAGAUAUUCAAAUGAAACAGUUCAUCUCCAGCUGUGUUAGACAUAACACUGACAUAUCCCAGACUAUAGCCGCAUGCAACAUCCAGCCCCCCUGCCCAGUGCUUUAUUACAUUAUCAGUCAGAGUUUCCUGUUGAGACAUCACUGCAGGCCUGAGGGUGACAGAGAGGAGGGGGUGACAUAUGUCUUACCUACUGCUUUCUGUACAUCACUGCAUAGAGGCACAUAACAAGUCUACAGAGAAUGAAUACUGAGGAAAAAGAGAUAAGAGAACAAAAUAACUUAUUAUCUAACCAUUGCAGCAUUCAAGUUUCUCAACUUAUAAGUGUCCCUUAAAUUUUCAGUUUUCUACAAAAAAUAUUAAACAUAUAUCCAAGUACUCACAGGUUUGUCUGUAUCUACUAUAACUAAAUAAUUGAAGGGGACUCCCCCCACCUUCUCCCAAACUUUCAA